AUGCCCUCCUCUCCUGCCCCGUGCCGAUCGCAACGGCAACCUUCCACACGACGCACCACGACACAGAGAAAAGUAUACGGGAAACGAAAAGCGGUUGCAGCAAAGGCGGUCUUUGAACAAGGAAGUCCCGUGAAGGCCUCGGGGCACGUGUCGGCUUCUGUCGUUGACGCGACGCUGGACGAAGUGGAGGAGAAGCUGGGCAACGUCGCGAUUGAAGAUAAAGAGCAGGCUCUUGAAGAAAAGAGGGAAAUCCAGCUGGAAAAGGAGGAGCAAGAUGUUCUCGUCGAAGACCCUGUUGAAGACCUUGUUGAAAAACCGUCACAAAGUCCAUCCGAAACCGUUCACGAAGAGGCCUCCCAGACUGCGCCACAGGAAUCUUUCAAACAGUACGAGACUAUGGUGGAGGUGAGGGUUUGUUCGCCACGCGUCGAGCAAGGAGAAACCGCAGAUUGCGCGAGUGUACAAGAUGUCGAGCCCGAAACAUCUCAGGUGGAAAGGAGGAAGGGGAGGAAUCACAAACCAGCCCCGCGCCGGUCGUCGGGCUGUAUUCAGGAUGAGAAAAUGAACGCAUAUACCCGCAUCAUAUUGGACGAAGCACUGUCGCCCUUGGCAUCACAGGGAGUUCAGAAAUUUGAUUCAUGGGCAGCGCGCGCGGGAAACUUGUUCGAGGUGGUGAAGCUGGCAGAGGGUUCCUAUGGUGAAGUCUACAAGCUUCAUCUUCGCGAAGAAGUCUGCAAGCGAGAGAUGUCCAAAGCCAAGCUGGCGCGGCUUAAGGCUUACGGUGAUGGUGUUUUCAAGAUUGUGCCCUUGCGUGCGAAGAGUGGCUUCGGCUCCAAGAAAUUCACAAGUAUUGACGAGAUUGUCGCAGAGGUCAAGAUGCUCAAGUAUCUGGAUCCCAUCCCUGGAUUCGCCCGGUUCAGAGAUAUCCAUGUUGUUCAGGGCCGGUUUCCAGAAUCGUUCCAGCAGGCCUGGAUGCACUAUAAGAAGACCAAAAACGAUUGCCUCAACCCGAACCCAGCUAGUAAAAGGGCGUACCCUGAUUCACAGCUCUGGGCGAUUGUGGAAAUGGAUGAUGCCGGAUGUGAAUUGGAAAAAUUUUCGUGGUCGUCGAUCUUUCAAAUCUACGAUAUCUUCUGGGGUGUUGCCAUGGCGUUGGCCAGGGCGGAAGAGUAUGCUUCCUUUGAGCACCGCGAUUUACACCUUGGCAAUGUCUGCAUUCGAAGCUCUCGUCCAGACGGUUCCAUGGACCCGCCUUCUGAUCUCGACGUAGCACGAUUUCAUAGUUCGAGUGGAUUCGGACUCAGUACGUUGGAGACCACCAUCAUCGACUAUUCGCUUUCUCGGGCCGAACUACGCUUGACUGAGGAUCCCGAUGUACCGGCGGAGAUUGCCUCGUCCGAUCUUGACAAGAAGCAAAUUUUUGAUGCGAUUGGUCGAGACGAGGAUGAAGUGCUGCUUCGCAACACCUAUAGAUAUAUGCGGGGGGAGCUGUAUAGUGGCGAUCCUCUGGUGACUGAAAAAGUUCCUGCUGUUCCGGGGAUCUGGUCUGAAUACGUCCCGCGAACAAACCUCGUCUGGUUGCUCUUCCUGCUGAAGAAUCUUCUGAAGAACCGACGACCAGAAGCAGCGACUCACCAAGACUCAACCCUAUCGCCCCCUCGACCUCAGCGGAAGCCACUGGAGGCAUGCUCCCCAAAUAAGAAUCUCUCCAGGCGCGCUCCGGGGCAAAAAAAAGCUGGUGUACAGGAACUUGGCAAGUCGUCUGCAAAGCGCCAGGUGACAGACGAUCUGCACAUCCAGGCUAAUCUACUCAAGAACAUUCUUGAAGACAGGCUGAGCGCGGUGCUGGACCUACUAGAUUUGGAGAACCGACCCGAAGACAUGUGUUGCGCGGCGGAUCUCGUGGCAUAUGCUAUUGACUCGCAGUGGUUGACAGAGAGUGAUUUCUUUUGA